AUGGAGAAUCACUCGUACCGUGAGCCAGACCCGGCGCCCAUAUACAUCCUUAUCGUCCUUGCUGCUCUGUUCUGCGCUUACUGCGCCUGGCUCGCCUCUGUUGCAGUACGCCUCUACUUCUACAAAGGCGCCCUUGGCCCAGAAUCUGAGCGAUUCGUUAUUCUGCCGGCAUACCUGCGGAAUCGUAGCCCCCAGCGCGGGCACCAAAGGCGCGUCACCGCUUUUCCUGUUCCAGCACCACAAAAGAGCCCUGCACGUCAGCUUGCGCGUCUGUCGCGAGCCCCACGUGUGAACAUAACGGAUGUAGAAGCGAGCGACUUGCCAGACCCUGAGAUCCGCGCCUUCUUCGCUGAGCAACAACGCAUCUCUCGCCUUCCGGCUUUCACUCAGGAUGACUGUGGCGAUGGUUCUGAUUUUCCCGACAUUCCAUUUGCAAUCACACCAGUUGAGGUGAAGCAGACUACUCUGGCGCCCUCACUCAACAGAAGGCCAUCAGCCAGGUACAAGUCGUCGGGAUUGCAUAAGGUUGGUCAGAAGAAGUGGCUGACUGUGGGGAGCACAUACAAAGACAUGCAUGCGGCCCGAGAAUACCUCCUCGUCAAGAAGAAUAUCGAAUGCAUACAAGUCACUCGUGACGGUGAAAAUGCGUGCGAUGAGCUAUUGCAGGAGGUUGUCAAGUCUCUGGUUUCUAGAUACCCCGAAAGCUUCAGCAUCAAGACCGUCAACCGGCGCAAGCAUGUUCAUAACGAGAUCACCAAAGAAGAGUGGUCUCUGGUCCGUCCGUUUGAUUGCCACCCACUAGAAUUGUGUGCGAGGCUUGCGAUGGAGGACUUCAACAUUCUGACAAAGGGAGAAUUUACACAGCAGUACUACCUUCAAGCAAGUGCGACUCUUGCCCCGGCUGGCUGGCGCAUGCGCGAUUUCAUCGGCAAGCCACUCUCACACAUGCAAGACCAGGACAUUUAUCAAUGGGAUGAUAUUCCAGACAUCCUUCCGAUCGUCCCGCUUGUUGACACCCUCGCCCGCAGCACACUCUACAUCCAGACACAACCAGACUCCCGCCCUCUAUCACAUCUCAUCUUCAUCCAAGAGGCCAAGGAUUUCUUUCCGGGUAAUCUCUCGUCGCUUCUUCCACAGCACAUCAUCGUGCGCCGCGAGCAUCAAGUCUUCCGACGCCUACCCAACACUGAUACGAUCAUUUUCUCGACAAGGACGGAAUUGAAGAAACUGACCGACCUGGACGUACACGAGAGACGGAAGCUCGUCCAGGAGAUUCGAGGUUGGGACCGUGAAGUUGCGACCAGGAAGGGUCUCGAGUUGUGGCAGACGGCUGUUAUUGGAUACUGCGAGGGCAAGAAGGUCUUCAAGGGCGAUGAGACGGUUGUUGAUGCUGGCGAUAUGACCACGGUCGGCGAAUAA